AUUACGAAAUCUUUAUAUUUUUUCUUAAAUUUUUAGAGUUAGUACAAAACAUGCCUUUUCAGGCUCGUGCAUCAAAAAGUUUUCUUACAAACGCACGACUUUGGUAUCUGAUGGAUGCUCGAGAUCAACAAAAUGGGCGAUUGGCAGCGUAUAUUGCUGCCAUUCUCUGUGGUAAAACGAAGCCAAUAUAUCAUCCAUGCAGUGAUCUUGGUGAUCAUGUUGUCGUAACUAAUUGUAAACAUAUUGCUUUAAUGGGAGAAAGGGAAUGGGAGAGGAAAAUAUAUAGACAUCAUACGGGUUAUCCCGGUGGCUUUCGUGAAAUUAAAGCAAGAGAUGUAUACAAGAAGGACCCUUGUCAGAUUUUAUGGAGGGCCGUACGUGGAAUGAUGCCAAAAACACGUUCUCGGAACAAAUACAUGAAACGGUUACACUUAUUUGAAGACGAUAAACAUCCUUAUGCAUCUAAUAUAUACGCUAAAUUGAUAGCUCCUCAUCCGAUGCCAAGAAGAUUGGAUGAAUAUACAGCAAAAGAGAUUGAAAAUUUCCCCCAAAUUUUUUAAUGGUUGUACUUAUAUGUUCGAAAUCUAUAAAAAUUGCGUCUUUAAAGGUACUGUCCGAUUAAAAAACAA